UUGAUAGUUGACUUUCUUUCAAUGUUAGUUUAUAUAUUGAGGUUUGAACUGUCAUCCAUUAUUGGUUGAUAUUGAGUGGCCAUCUUACUAGCUGUCCACGACUGAACUUUCAAUUUUUUUGUAGGAAAAUUUUCUACUGUCUCAAUUAUUCUAGUGAAAUUUGAAUUCUAGAGCUGAUCCUUUUUAUUUUUUUGGUGUAGAAAUCACUGGAUUGGCUUGCAACACCCUUCUUGCUUCAUUGCUGCAGAGGAUAACUUUGUGAAAUAAAAGGAUCUGUUUUUUUGUUUUUCCUGUUGUGGCUGUGAAAUUGUCUCAAAUGAUACCUGUCAACAGGACCAGAAGUCAGCCAAGGUCUGCUAGAUCUUGGUCUUUUACAGGGAUGGAAUACUCAGAAAGGCGCAAGCCUCAUUUUCUCGGAAAAGCAAUUGCAGCUUUUCUUCUAGUGAUCUUUUGCAUUGCUACACUAAAGCAAUGCAGCCGGCACCACCGAAGUCCAAUCCUAAGCACAAGUGUGUUCUCUGUUCAUGAUCCUGAGAUUAUACAUGUCCUAGUGACUGGAGGUGCUGGUUAUAUAGGGUCCCAUGCUGCACUCCGACUCCUAAAGGACUCAUAUCGAGUGACUAUCGUGGAUAAUCUUUCUAGAGGAAAUAUUGGGGCCAUUAAGGUUCUCCAGGAACAAUUUCCUGAACCUGGAAGACUCCAAUUCAUUUUUGCUGAUCUAGGGGAUUCUAAAGCUGUUAAUCAAAUAUUUGCAGAAAAUGCAUUUGAUGCUGUCAUGCACUUUGCUGCUGUUGCUUAUGUUGGUGAGAGUACACUUGAACCUCUCAGGUACUAUCAUAAUAUCACAGCAAACACUUUGGUUAUUCUAGAGGCAAUGGCAGCCUAUGGUGUAAGAACUUUGAUCUAUUCUAGUACUUGCGCCACAUAUGGCGAACCUGAAACAAUGCCCAUCACAGAAGAAACUCCUCAGCUCCCAAUCAACCCUUAUGGCAAGGCAAAGAAAAUGGCAGAGGACAUCAUUUUAGAUUUUUCGAAGAAUUCAGACAUGGCUGUCAUGAUACUAAGAUAUUUCAAUGUCAUCGGCUCAGAUCCUGAAGGAAGGUUAGGUGAGGCUCCUAGACCUGAAUUACGGGAGCAUGGACGAAUUUCCGGUGCAUGCUUCGAUUCAGCAUCAGGAAUUAUUCCAGGACUGAAGGUUAAGGGAACAGACUAUCAAACAGCCGAUGGGACUUGUAUAAGAGACUAUAUAGAUGUCACUGAUCUUGUCGAUGCUCAUGUCAAGGCUCUGGACAAAGCAAAGCCUAACAAAGUUGGAAUCUACAACGUCGGUACUGGAAAAGGUCGAUCAGUAAAGGAGUUUGUGGAAGCAUGCAAGAAGGCGACCGGGAUCAAUGUGAAGGUCGAAUACCUGGACCGUCGGCCCGGGGACUAUGCCGAAGUCUACAGCAAUCCUUCCAAGAUCAACAAUGAGCUCAACUGGACAGCUCAGUUCACUGACGUUGAAGAGAGCCUUCGCAUUGCAUGGCUAUGGCAGAAAUCUCAUCCCAAUGGCUACCGAUCAUAAUAUUUCACUAUCUUCAUUGUUUCAUUUUUUUUUUUCAGAAUUCUCUGAAUCAGAAUGAAUGUAAUUAAUACUGAAGUUGUAGUCACAGGUGAUCAUUUGAUAUAUGUUUCAUUGAACAACAAUAGACAAUGAACAAGAGAUAUCUAAUUUA